GCGGGAUCGAGCCCUGGCCAGGACCUGCAGCCAUGGGCCCGCGCCGCCGCCGCCGCCUGCCACCUGAGCCGCGCGGGCCGUGAGCACCAUGGCUGUGGCCGGGGCCCCCGCGGGAGGCCCGUGCGCGCCGGCACUGGAGGCCCUGCUCGGGGCCGGCGCGCUGCGGCUGCUCGACUCCUCGCAGAUCGUCAUCAUCUCCACAGCGCAGGACGCCAGCGCCCCGCCGGCCCUCGCCGGCCCCGCUGCGCCCGCCGCCGGCCCCUGUGACCCCGACCUGCUGCUCUUCGCCACGCCGCAGGCGCCCCGGCCCGCACCCAGCGCGCCGCGCCCCGCUCUCGGCCGCCCGCCGGUAAAACGGAGGCUGGACCUGGAAACUGACCAUCAGUACCUGGCUGAGAGCAGUGGGCCAGUUCGGGGCAGAGGCCGCCACCCAGGAAGAGGUGUCAAGUCCCCCGGGGAGAAGUCCCGCUAUGAGACAUCACUGAAUCUGACCACCAAACGCUUCCUGGAGCUGCUGAGCCGCUCGGCUGAUGGUGUCGUAGAUCUGAACUGGGCAGCUGAGGUGCUGAAGGUGCAGAAGCGGCGCAUCUACGACAUCACCAAUGUCCUCGAGGGCAUCCAGCUCAUUGCCAAGAAGUCCAAGAACCAUAUUCAGUGGCUAGGCAGCGAUGCCAUGAUGGGGAUCAGUGGGCGGCUUGAAGGGCUGACCCAGGACCUUCAGCAACUGCAAGAGAGCGAGCAGCAGCUGGAUCACCUGAUGCACAUCUGUACCACCCAGCUACAGCUGCUUUCUGAGGACUCUGACAACCAGCGCCUAGCCUAUGUGACCUGCCAGGACCUUCGUAGUAUUGCAGACCCUGCGGAGCAGAUGGUGAUGGUGAUCAAGGCCCCUCCAGAGACCCAGCUUCAAGCUGUGGACUCUUCAGAGACCUUUCAGAUCUCCCUUAAGAGCAAACAAGGCCCCAUCGAUGUUUUCCUGUGUCCUGAGGAGAGUUCAGGGGGGAUCAGCCCUGGGAAGACCCCUUCCCAGGAAGCAUCUUCUGGGGAGGAGAAGACAGCUGACCCUGUCACCACAGUGCCACCACCAACAUCUCCCCCCUCAUCCCCCACCAUGGAUCCCAACCAGUCCCCGCUUAGCCUGGAGCAAGAGCCCCUGCUGUCACGGAUGGGUGGCCUCCGGGCCACUGUGGAUGAGGACCGCCUGUCCCCCCUGGUGGCUGCUGACUCACUGCUGGAACACAUGCGGGAAGACUUCUCCAGCGGGCUCCUUCCUGAGGAAUUCAUCAGCCUCUCCCCGCCGCACGAGGCCCUUGAUUACCACUUUGGCUUGGAGGAGGAUGAGGGCAUCAGAGACCUCUUUGAUUGUGACUUUGGGGACCUGACCCCCUUGGAUUUCUGAUGGGGGCUUUGGGUCCAAGGGUCUCUUGAGAUGCUCACCCUACAUCUGCAGCCCUGGAGCCCUACCUCUAGGCCAUCCUUCUGGCCCUAUUAGAAAAUUAUAAUUUAUACCCUCUCUCCUUUCUCCAGCAGCUUCUAGCCCUGGGGUCUGGCUGCAGCUGGUUGAGCAGGCCAGGAAAGGAAGGAUUGUGUGUGUAGUGUGUGUAUAUAUAUGUACCUGACACCCUGCUUGUGUGUAAUGUGGGGUGAGUAGUGUGUGAGCAUGUGUGCGCGUGCUCCUGUACCCGGGAAUGAAGGUGAACAUACUUGAGCUUGUAUUGAAGACAUGCCCUGGUGUGUCCACGUGUGGUCUGUGUGUGUUGUGUGUGUGUGUGAAUGGAUCCAUGUGUGUGCAUGAGGGGGCUCUAACUGCACUUUUGAUCGCUGUGCUCCAGGGGCCCAAUGUGGCCCAGAUGGCUCCCUGUUCCCAGAAUCCUGUGCUUUGACCAGGCCAGGUGGGAGGCCUUGGCUUGCUAGGCUUGCAGGGCAGCCAGAGCACUUCUUGUCUUAAAGGUUUUCUGAU